AUGGCCGAGUCCAACAUCGAUCCGCAAGUAGCCCAGGAGGGUUCAUCGCCGGCCUUUCCUACUUUCAUUAAACCUAUCAGUCCUGCUCAAAAUCAACCAAAGCUAGGAGCCACUGAUCCCGACGACUUCGAGGACUCAUCAAGAUCUACAAAGAGGCGAAAGCUCGACACUCCUCAGUUGACUGCUGCUGCUGCCUUCGCUGAAGCGGGGCAGGGACUCCCAAGAUCGAUAUCUCCAGCGAGUACGGGCACCAGCCCGAAUCCUCCCCAACAGGUUCUCGGCGCUCUCAUGGGCGCGAAUUCCAAUCUCACGAGCAAGGCUCCCCAGUCUGUCACUGACAAUGUCACUGAUCCAACGACUACAGUCAGCGAGCCUCUGGCCGAGGUGGCUGAGAGUAUACAGCAGGCCUCUGCUUCAGCUGCCGACGUCUCUGCAGCCGGCGACAGUCAUGCCGAGCAGACCAGCCCAACCAGCCUGUCCAGUGUAGGGACUUUGGAGAGUGUACAUGGUGUUUCGGGCAUCACCACUACAGUCGGAAGCCCGCUGCCCAUCGAGCAAACUGUUGGUCAGGUCGUGAAUGCCAUGGAAGCAGGCUCUACCUCACCUGGCGAAGGGUUCAAAGGCUCUUCGUAUCCAACCCCUGGCUUGCAGUUGCCGCCGAAUGAAGGCGCUAGACGAGGAAUGAGCUUGCCUCAGUCCACCUCACGACCAGGUACAAGAUCUCCCUCCAGCAAGAAACACAGAUGCCCCUAUUGUGCCACCGAAUUCACCCGUCACCACAAUCUGAAGAGCCAUCUGUUAACACAUAGUCAAGAAAAACCAUAUGUAUGCUCCACCUGCCAGUCGAGGUUCCGACGCUUGCAUGAUCUCAAAAGACACACCAAGUUACACACCGGCGAACGUCCUCAUAUUUGCCCAAAGUGUGGUCGCAAAUUCGCCCGAGGCGACGCUCUGGCGCGCCACAACAAAGGCCCUGGAGGCUGUGCCGGCCGCCGAGCCAGUAUGGGCAGUUACGGCGGAGAUGACGACGCGGAAGGCGAUGAGUCGAUGGAAGGUGUCAUGUAUGGUGAACCUGAGGUCAUGGAUGACGAAGCGGGCAAUGACAAGACCCCGCGAAUACGUCGUCAAGCUCCCUCAGGAGACGACACGGUGGACGAUGCAGAACAGGCCUCGCGAUUUCCCAGCACCUAUCCACCUAUUCAGGGUCGUCCUCCGGGUGGCCUUGCAGGUGGCGGUUACCAACCUCGUGGCACCUUCAACCCGAGUCCGUCCGGGUCUGGCAACGCAGUUGUGCCGCCUGGGGCACCACCUCCGUUUCCGCAAGUCUCUGGGUCUUCUUCGGGAUCGAGAACCUCGAUAUCCAACGCCGUGUACCCGCAAAACCCGAUGACGGAGAGUCCGAAACCUCUUUCGCCAGGUCAGGUGCAUAGAGCGCAGUUGACGGGCGCAGCUGACGCCAGUCUAAACCGCAAUCGGUCUCCUAGCAGCUCGAGUCACUAUCCACCAGGAUCGUUUGGUCGAACCAGUGGUACGAGCUCGUCGCUUGGGCUGCCAUCUGGACCCCAGCUACCUCCACCGAAUGUGGUCAACCCGGUAGACUCCAGAUACACCUUGUCCAGUCAAGGUGGCCCCGCCCAUCCGCCCACACAGCCUUCUGGGCCUCCCACGCACAUGAGUGGUGGUGGACCUCUGUCAUCUCAUAGCAACAGUCUCUCUUCUGGCCAUGCUCAUUCCGCCCAUGGCAGCGGAGAGACUUCCAACAUGUUUGCCGACAAAGAUAGGCUCUGGGCAUAUGUGAACAGUCUCGAGCAACGGAUGAAUUCCAUGCAACAGGAGAUUGAGAGCCUGAAACAUCAACUUGCGGUUGCCACGCAAGGAACUCAACAGCAACCACGAAUGUGA